ACAGGAGAACCCGCAGGUGCGAGAUAAAUCAGGAGGAACCGGCUGGACAGCAGGUGAAUUUCACUUCUUCCAAAAAGCCUGGGAAUAGGAAGGAGAGGACCGUGCACAUUGCCACCAUCAGCAACCGCCUCUCUCCUCCUCUCUCCAUCCCUGCACCUCCUCUGUAGGGUCUCCCCACUUCCUCCCUCAUCCCUCCCCAGCAUCCCUUUCCUCGCUGAUCCCAGAAAUACCCUCACGCCGCAGCGCAUCCCUCACAUAGCGGGGUGCGAUCUUUUUGGAUUUCUCGGGGUGACUUUACCAGGGGACGCGCCGGAGAUGGAUUAAAACCAAACACAAAAAAAAGCAAAACGUUUUGGGGGGGUGGACGGUGCACCGCAAAACUGGAGCAGCACGCGCGACCACGCCGGGGGGGUAGGGGGCGACGGGACUCGGUGAAUUCACGGAGCCCCCGGGACAGAGGCUGCGACUGGUCCCACCCCAAGAUGACGUCCCCGAAAAACAAGGCCAAGAAGAGGCCGCCGAAAGACAGCAUGACGCUGCUGCCGUGCUUUUAUUUUGUAGAGCUCCCGAUCGUGCUGUCCUCCUUGGUGUCCUUGUACUUCCUGGAGCUGACAGAUGUGUUGUCUCCGGCGAUGGUGGGCUUCCGCUGCCACGACCGCGACCUGUCCAUGCCCUACAUGGAGACGGGCGACGAGCUCAUCCCGCUGCUGAUGCUGCUGAGUUUGGCCUUCGCUGGUCCCGCGGCCUCCAUCAUGAUGGGCGAGGGACUGAUGUACUGUAUGCAAUCCAAGCUGAAAACUUGUCCCAAGUCAGAGAGCAGCAUCAACGCUGGAGGCUGCAACUUCAACUCCUUCCUACGCAGGACUGUGCGCUUUGUUGGUGUUCACGUGUUCGGCCUCCUGGCGACGGCCCUGGUGACAGAUGUCAUCCAGUUAGCGACCGGUUACCACGCCCCGUUCUUCCUCACCGUGUGCCAGCCCAAUUACACGGCCCCCGGGGUGUCAUGUGACAACAACGCCUACGUCACGCAGGACAUCUGCAUGGGGAAGGACCAGUAUGCCAUCAUGUCAGCCAGGAAAACCUUUCCAUCCCAGCAUGCAACACUGUCUGGCUUCGCCGCCGUCUACAUCUCCAUGUAUUUCAACGCCAGCAUCAACGGCACGACCAAGCUGCUGAAGCCGCUCCUGGUGUUCGCCUUCUGCAUGGCGGCCGGCCUCUCCGGGCUCACGCAGAUCACCCAGCACCGCAGCCACCCCAUCGACGUCUACGUGGGAUACCUCAUCGGAGCCGGCAUCGGCGUCUACCUGGCGGUGUACGCAGUGGGAAACUUUAAAGCGUCGGACGAAGAUUCUCCGUCUCUGCAGAAACUGGCCCCGGCCCUGCAGAAGGACAGCCUGAGGGUGCUGAGCCAGAGGAGUCACGACUCCCUGUACAGGAAGACUCCCCGGGUGUCGGAGAGCAGGGAGGAGCUGGGGGCGGGGCUGGGAUCCGGGGCCCGCAGUAAGGUGAGGAGGGAGAAGGCUUCCCUGGCCUCCCUCAAGCGAGCGAGCGCCGACGUGGAGCUCCUGGCAACCCGGGGUCCCAUGGGCAAGGAAACCAUGGUGACUUUCAGCAACACAUUGCCCCGGGUGGCAAAUGGCAACAGCCCCAUCUCCCCCUCCGACGAGCCGGUGACCACGCAGCGCCACAUGACCUUCCACGUGCCCUUCGACCCCCAGAAGUCCCGGCAGCUGGUGUCGGAGUGGAAGCAGCGCUCGCUGGAGAUCCGCAGCCAGAGCUCACGAGACGAGGAGGAGGAGGACGAGCGGGAUGGAGGAGACGAGGGAGGAGCGACGGCAGGAGACGGAGGAGACAUGGGGAUGCCCUCCUCUCUUUAUCCCACGGUGCAGGCCAACAAGGGCCUCGCCACACCGACGGGAGCCAGGAUGGUGGUGUCCCCCCCACUGGUUCACAUCCCUGAGGAGGCCUCUCGUCCGCCGCCCGUGUCGCCCAAGAGCGCCAAGACCCGGGCCAAGUGGUUGUCACUCACGGAGGGGGGGUCGGUGAAGGAGCCGGGACCGGGGCCCAUCGCCGUGUCCACCCCCCGUGUGCCCAGCAUGCAGCCCAACCAGCCGCCGAGUCAGCACCGAGUCACUCAGGUGAUAGCGAUGUCCAAGCCCCAGGGUCACGGACCAAUCACCUCGUCCGCCAAGACGUCAGAGGGCGGCUCCUCCUCCGGCGGCGGCUCCAGCUGCUCCGAGUCGCCUUACUACCGGAUCCCGUCGGAUCGGGACAGCUGCACCGGAAGCAACCCGGGAAGCAUCGCCGGGAGCGGGAGCAUCGUCACCAUCGACGCCCACGCCCCUCACCACCCGGUGGUGCGCGUGUCGGCGGCCAACGGGAAGCCGUGGGAGUGGAGAAACACCAUCAGUGGGAACAUGUUGGCGGCCGACACGGCGGGGGACAAGCACCGCAUGUCUCUGCAGCGACAGGACAAUAUCAACCACUACCGGGACUACCGCACGCUCCCGAUGAAGACGGACUCGCUCGGCUCCUCCUCGGCCAGCGGCAGUGCUGAGGGAGGGCCGGAGCUGCCUCCCCCUCCUCUCCCCGCCUCCACCUCCCCCCUGCCUCCCCCACCUCAGCUGUGCUCGUCUCCUCUUCCGCCACCGCCCCCUCACUCGUCGUCCUCCCCGCUGCCUCCCCCUCCUCACCCGAGCUCCUCUCCGCUGCCUCCUCCCCUCCCUCACCCUGCCUCCUCUCACAUGCCACCACCUCCUCACCCCUCCUCUCAGAUGUCCCCGCCACCCCUGCCGUCGUCCUAUCACAUGCCCCCACCUCCUCACCCGUCCUCCUCUCCCAUGCCCCCACCUCCUCACCCAUCGAUCUGUCCGAUGCCCCCACCUCCUCAGCCCUCCGCCUCAAUGCUGCCGCCUCCUCACCCGUCCUGCUCCAGCAUGCUCCCCCCUCCUCCCCACCCCGAUUUACUGAUGGAGGCUCACAGCCAGUCACUGUCCCGCUCCUCCACGCUGCCUCGCCGGCCCUCCGCCCGCAGCCACGCAGAGCAGGAGCACUAUUACAAGGCUAUGCAGAACGAGAGGAUGUUAUAAUGACGGGGAAACCGCUGGAGCCCUUUGCCAUAGAAAUGAUUGUACUUCAGAAGACUCAUCUGACAGAGACAGUGGAGGUUGUAGGUUGUGGCAGGUGGACUGAGUGACUUUGGGAAAAAAUGACAAAAAAGGUUGAGAGACUCUGAAUCCAGAGCGGCAGCUAGGCUCAAAAAAAUUCUGGAAAUGAAGAGACAGCAGGGGUGGACGA